UUGGCCUACGUACUGAUACGAGUAACUUGACGUUAUAUAUUAUUAAAAACAAACUUGAAUAUUAUAGAAAAAAAAAUGCUUCCUAGAGCAGAACAUUAUUAAAUUUCAAACAUGUUUAAGUGGCACACUAUUUUAACUGUUUCAAUACUGGUGUUCCAGGUGAAAAGUGGUUAUUCUUUGAGUCCCCAAUUGGAGCAAUGCAAGGAAAAGUUUAAAGAGCAAGCGAAGCAAAUUGAUUUUAGCCAUUUGCCUUCCUGCUUUGACUCAAGCAAGUUAGCAGAGGCAAAGGAUCACGUGAAGAUAUUCGAGAAGUUAUUCAACGAAAUUCCACCUGAAUGUAAACACCCUAGUAGAGAUAACAUUAAAAGCUGUUUUUCGAAAAGUAUUCAGCUUCUUAAGGAUAAUUCUGAAGAUGUCCAGGCCAGUAUAGUGGGAAGCUUUAAUGCUUUAUAUAAAGGGUCCAAGGAAUGUAUUGAUAUGACUGUCAGUCAGUUUACUAAUUUGGACGAGUAUAUCGCCAAUGGGUGCCAGGAUCCACAAUAGUUUAUUAAAGGGAAUAAAUGUAAUUUUUUUGUGCAAUAAAUCAAGUUAAAAGGGAA